AUGAUGGGACAUAACAAAAUGGAAAGGAACAUAACGGAUAGGAUGAGACUGGACGGGACGGGACAACAGGGCGGAUGGGAAGAACGACAUGAUGAAAAUGAACGAAAUGGGAUACGAUGGGACAAGACGAUAAUGUCCGGCGUUGGUAAUUGUGUGAUUGCGAGGGCAACCUACUACGAGACUUCAUCUUCUGAGGAGGAUAGGAGUGCGACCUGGGUGAAGAGGAAGAUUAGCCAGGAGAAGAAGAUAGAAAGAGACAGGAAGAAGGCCGGAAAGAAGGCCCGAAAGCCCACGGUUUACAAGGGAGUGAGCACCAACGAUGCCGCCAAGUUUGGCGAGUAG